AUGCCACCAACCUACGGUCCUUUCAGUCGUAGCCCGGCAAUGAUCAAAACAAUGCAAAUCGCCCAUUACCUCUGUGUCCGAUUUGCUAGAGGAAUAGGCAAUUCCACUCAGGUUGACUCUGAUGAUUGGACUCUCACCGAGACCCAAGAAUUCAAUCAGUUAGCAGAUGUGCUUGCUCGGGCGUUCAAGAAUAAAAAAAUGCUGUCAUGGAAGGCCGAUGAUUACAAGGACUGGUUGGAAGUGAACGGAAAAGGCGCCAGAGGGACUAAUGCUGAAUUUGAGCGCCGAGUUGCAGAGGAAUUUCCUCCGCUGGUUCCAGGGGUCAUUGUGUUUGAGACCGAGCCAUUUAUCCUCUGCGACAUCAAAGGAAAUAUUCUGAUGUGGUAUCUUCCCGGAGCUUUGAAAAAUCGGCGUCAGCUAAAAAUGUGGAAAGAGCUGAAAAUUCUUCAAGGAUCCUUUUCCAUCGACGAGUAUUCCUCUAGCUGGAGGAAAAACACCAGCAACUAUAUGAAGCGAGAAGACUGCAAGACCUUAGCUCCUGGGACUGUUAGUAUGGCACCAGCAUGGUUUCAGCAAGGACACGCGAAAAGUAAUCCAUUGGAAGUCUCGGCCGAGCUUCGUAAAGCUCGAGGACUUCGUUGGAUUGAAAACUUCUCAGAUAGCGCUGCCCUUAUUGGAGCUGCGCUUUCAAUUAUGCAUACCUGGCAGUGGCAACUCGCAAUCCAGGCCAUGGAUAAUUUGUAUCGAGAUCCCGACCUAGUCGCCAAAAACGAAACUCUUCCCCGUGUCCUCAAUGCUUGGACUUCACCUCUCACUGGUAUUUCUGUGAUAAAUAACCGCCUCGAGACUCCAACCCAUCGAGACCGUGGAAGUGCAUACGAGUGGUUCGACAUCUUGUCCUCGAUAGGAAAGUAUCAAAACGGAUACAUGAGAUUGCCAGGAGCUGGGGUGGAGGUUGCUUACGGUCCGGGAACUUUGGUGGGUAUAGCCGGGAAGAUAUUAACUCAUAAUGCUUCGUCUGUUGGUGAACGAGCAUGCAUUGCACAGUACAUGAAAGAUAACGUAGUCACAGCUCUUGUAACUUCCAAUCACCGUCGCUGGGCUAAUGCAUCUUACAUAGGGCGUAUGGAGAUGUAG